GCUACCACGAUCAUGUCCACCAUGAAGACACUGGUUAUAUCACUGUUGUGUGUCCUCGUGACGGCUGAACAGAAACGUGAAGCUGAACCUGGCUUUGGCAUCGGCCAUCCUUUUAUUCGUCCGUAUGGCAUUGGCUAUGGCUACAGCUCAGCCAUUACACACCAUCCAUUCGGCAGCCAUUCCUCCGUCCAGUCCUACAAUCACUUAGUCAAGAAACGUGAAGCUGAACCUGGCUUUGGAAUUGGCUACCCUCUCAUUCGUCCGUAUGGCAUUGGCUAUGGCUACAGCUCAGCCAUUACACACCAUCCAUUCGGCAGCCAUUCCUCCGUCCAGUCCUACAAUCACUUGGUCAAGAAACGUGAAGCUGAACCUGGCUUUGGCAUCGGCCAUCCUUUUAUUCGUCCUUAUGGUAUUGGCUAUGGCUACAGCUCAGCCAUUACACACCAUCCAUUCGGCAGCCAUUCCUCCGUCCAGUCCUACAAUCACCUCAUCAAGAAACGUGAUGCUGAAGCUGAUCCUAGCUUCCCUGGCUUACUAGGUUACGCUUCUCUUCAGUAUCCAGGAUACGGUCUUGGGUACAAGUAUAGCCAUGCUUCCCUUCCUCUCCAUUAUGGUAUUUACUGAAGCUGCAUUCCCAACCUACGGAACUGACACCUCAUUCGAACCCUUAUUACAGUUCUGUUUUAUUGCUUAUAUUAACAAAAUCGCAAAUUCUGCAAUAAAAUUACAUGCA